AUGAAUUUCCUUUUCUCGUGCUUCUCGAGACAGAGAGAACAAGAGCCGUGGAAGGAGAUAGAAGAUGAAGCCAGAAAUAUCGAAGAACUACCGUCAUGGCAUUCCUCAGAAGAGAAUUUCCUCAUGAUGGAGGCCUUUGAAUGGUAUGUACCACACGACGGCCGACAUUGGCAACGCCUCCAAUUAGCACUACGUGAUCUCAAAGAAAUCGGCAUCGACAAUCUUCUAUUACCACCAGGAUGUAAAGCUAUGAAUCCAUCGGGUAAUGGUUAUGAUAUCUACGAUCUCUUCGACCUCGGUGAAUUUGAUCAGAAGGGAAGCGUGGCCACCAAAUGGGGUACCAAAGAAGACUUGAUAGGUCUAGCAAAGAUGGCGCAAGUACUUGAUAUGGGAAUACUUUGGGAUGCGGUUUUGAAUCACAAGGCCGGUGCAGAUCAUUCUGAGAAGUGUCUGGCGGUGACGGUGGAGCCUGAAGAUCGCAACAUUGACCUGACAAAGCCCCAAGAAAUCAAUGCCUGGGUAGGAUUUGACUUCCCCGGCCGAGGUGAAAAAUAUAGUCGUAUGAAAUACCACUGGCAGCACUUCAAUGCUAUCGACUACAAUUCUCUUGACAAGAAGAAAGCCAUCUAUAAAAUAUUUGCCCCAGGAAAAGAUUGGGCAAAGGAUGUCAGCACGGAAAAUGGAAACUACGACUACCUUAUGUUCGCCAACCUGGAUCAUUCGAACCCAGAAGUGAGACAAGAUAUCUUGGACUGGGUAGAAUGGAUUGGUAACCAACUACCACUCAGUGGUAUGAGAUUGGAUGCGGUAAAGCAUUAUUCGUCCGGAUUCCAAAAGACCCUCGUCGAUCGUAUACGGCAGACAGUCGGGAAAGAUUGGUUUAUCGUUAGCGAAUUUUGGUCAGGAAAGAUCCAGGAGUUGAAGAAGUACAUGGAACAAGUAGAUUAUAAAGUCCAUUUGUUUGAUGCACCACUAUGCAAUCGAUUAUCUGAUAUAUCACAAACGCGGGGUGCAGAUCUGCGUCUGAUUUUUGACAAAACUUUGGUUGACUACAAGCCUGAGCACGCAGUUACAUUUGUAAUGAAUCACGAUACUCAACCAUCUCAAGCUCUAGAGGCCCCAGUAGCCCCAUUCUUCAAACCUAUUGCCUACGCUCUAAUCCUUCUCCGGAAACAAGGCCAGCCCUGUAUUUUUUACGGGGAUCUGUAUGGUAUCACCGCUGGCGGCAAAAGGAGUCCACCUGAGCCUCCUUCCUGCAACGGCCGCCUCCCCGCCCUGACACUGGCGAGGAAAUUAUACGCCUAUGGUGAGCAACGCGACUAUUUCUCACGCAAGAACUGUAUUGGGUUUGUACGAUAUGGCAACGCACGCCAUCCCUGGGGUAUGGCCUGUGUUUUGAGCAAUGGACCGCGGACAAAGAAGAAGAUGUUUGUCGGGAAAAAACAUGCAAAAGAAAAAUGGACGGAUGUGCUGGAGUUGUACCCUACGGCAAGUCAUGUUAUCCAGACCCACGUUACUAUUGACUCCAAAGGCUACGGUGUUUUUCCGGUGUCGGGGAUGAGCGUAAGUGUCUGGGUUAAUGCCAAAGCCGCCGGGCGAGAUAGGUUUGAGAAGCAUUUGUGA